UCCGGCGAAGAGCACGUAUAACGGUCUGUGGAGGUGCGAAGAGACACAUUUAUUUACACUUUUGGCUAUUUCAAGUCAAGAUCUCGGACUUUUCUCGAAAUUCACUGAAGUCGUCCGGUCUGUUGUUGUUGUUGUUGUUGUUUGGAUACGAUGGCCAGCUCGGGAAUGCAGCUCCUCGGUUUCUUCCUCGCUCUCGUGGGUCUCGCUGCCACCGUUGCCGCUACCUUCAUGGUUGAAUGGAAGAAGCAGGCGCAGGGCAAGACGUACCGCAUAUACGAGGGCUUGUGGAUGAGCUGCAGUGGCAAUGAGAGAACAACCUGUGAAUUUCACGAGUCUCUGCUGAAACUCCCAAGUGAAGUCCAGGCAACCAGGGCGGUGAUGCUGCUGAGCAUCUUCCUCUCUGCUGUGGCGCUGCUGGUCUCCACAGUGGGAAUGAAGUGCACCCGCUUCAUGGACAGCAAGGUUGAGAGCAAAUCCACCACAGCUAUGAUCGGAGGAAUCAUGUUCAUUGUUGCAGGUUUAUUGACCCUCAUCAUCACCUCCUGGUAUGUCAAGAUGAUUGUUCAGACCUUCUAUGAAUCCCACCGUCUACAAAGCUUUGAGUUUGGUAAGGCAGUGUUUGUCAGCUGGGCCGGUGGCCUCCUCACUAUGGCCGGUGGCGUUUUCCUGAGCUGUCGGCGAUGCUCGCGGUCGGAGAGGGACGAAUCCAUAAGCUCCAACCACCUCCUGCCUACCUCCAGCUCCAAGUCCAACUAUGUCUAGUUGGGAGGAGGGGCCAGGAAACACACUGCCUUGACACAGUCUGUCCAGAGGUUAGCUUCUAUGAGGAGGAAACACACAGUGGGACUGUUACCUACAUCCAGUCAGUAAUUAGGAUCAGGAUCAGACUGUGUGACAUGACUCUGAAUCUAAUUUAUCAUGUGGGUGGAAACAACUACAGCUGUAGUUUCUCUAAAUGUCAGGAGUAAAGAUAUGAAGGAUUCAAUGUUUAAAUUACUUUUUUUCCCAUUGUCUGGUCCAGACUUGGUCAGUCUGUUUCUUUACAUAUGAAAUCAUGAAGUUUCUCUCCACAGCUGCAGAUGAAGAAUAGUUCACAGUGUAACUAUGUUUUUACACUGUGCAGCAAGAUUUCUGUACUUUUAUGGUGUACUUUGCUAUACAAUUAAUUCCAUUUACCUCUUCAGUUUCACACUGGUGUAAAUAUUUGUUUAUGUUGUUUAUUAUAUGUAUGACUGUUAUAUGUUUAACCUUGUAACUCUGGUUGUUUUAUUGUUUAUAUGAUACAUUCUAAUGUGGUUUAAUAUGUAUAUUUUGAGAAAAAAGUAAAUCUAUUUUGUUUUCCUUU